CUGAUUGGAUGAAACAUGUAUUUUUUGUGUGGGACGAACGCGAUGUGGGUACUCAAGGAUUUUACGACACGGACGUCUGAAGUGCAGCAAUAGCAAUGCUUUUCAACAAGGCUCUGAGAGGGGGUGUGCAGUCUGUCCUGCGGCUCCAGAGUACCAGUGCUGCAGCCGUGGCUGCUACCGGCUCUCAGAAUGCUCCGUCAACAGGGUUCUGCUUUGAGAUGACAGACCAGCAGAAAGAGUUCCAGGAACUAGCCAGGAAGUUUUCCCGGGAAGAGAUUGUCCCUGUUGCAGCAGCCUACGACAGGAGUGGAGAAUAUCCUUUCCCCAUCAUCAAGAGAGCAUGGGAGCUGGGCCUGAUGAACUCUCACAUUCCAGAGGACUGUGGUGGAAUGGGUCUGGGCAUAUUCGACUCCUGCCUCAUCACAGAAGAGCUGGCCUAUGGUUGCACAGGAGUUCAGACUGCUAUCGAAGCCAACUCUCUUGGUCAAAUGCCAGUGAUCAUAGCAGGUAAUGAUUUCCAGAAGAAGAAGUACCUGGGCAGAAUGACAGAGGAACCUCUCAUGUGUGCGUACGGUGUGACGGAGCCUGGCGCGGGCUCUGACGUGGCGGGCCUGAAGACGCGGGCGGAGAAGAAAGGAGACGAGUACGUUGUUAACGGGCAGAAGAUGUGGAUCACCAACGGAGGCAAAGCCAACUGGUAUUUCCUGUUGGCCCGUACUGAUGCAGACCCUAAGUGUCCAACCAGCAAGGCUUUCACAGGUUUCAUCGUAGACGCCGACUCACCUGGAAUACUAGUUGGCAGGAAGGAGUUGAACAUGGGUCAGCGGUGUUCAGACACCAGAGGAAUCACCUUUGAGGAUGUCCGGAUACCCAAGGAGAAUGUUCUGAUUGGAGAAGGAGCUGGCUUCAAGAUUGCCAUGGGAGCCUUCGACAAGACCAGACCACCAGUGGCAGCAGGCGCUACUGGUCUGGCUCAGAGAGCUCUGGAUGAAGCCACUGGCUACGCUCUGGAGAGGAAGACCUUCGGAAAACUCAUUGCUGAGCACCAGGCGGUGUCGUUCCUGUUGGCUGAGAUGGCCAUGAAGGUGGAGCUGGCCAGGAUGGGCUGGCAGAGGUCAGCGUGGGAGGUUGACAACGGGAGGAGGAACACAUACUACGCCUCCAUCGCUAAGGCAUUCGCCGGAGACAUCGCCAACCAGGUGGCCAGCGACGCCGUGCAGGUGUUUGGAGGAAACGGCUUCAACUCGGAAUACCCCGUAGAGAAACUGAUGAGAGAUGCCAAGAUCUACCAGAUCUAUGAAGGCACCGCCCAGAUCCAGAGACUUAUCAUCUCCCGUGAACACUUCGGCAGGUUCAAGAAAUGAGCUCCCAACACCUGUCAAGUCACCAGUUCCGUCCUCUCUGAAUGAACACCUGUUGUCUUCCUUCCCGGUUUCUGUUCUACCUUUUUUAACAUUUUUAUUUUAUAGUCAUGAUCAAUACAACUCAGGAUGCAGUCACACCUGGGUCAAAUACAGGAUGUCAAGUACUGGCGACGUGUUGGAUAGAACUUGAGCGACAAGCUGGGUGGGGGCAGCAUAGCUGCGGCACCCCCUUGGAAAUUAUAAAUACAUUUUUAAAAAAAUCGCAGCCUGCAAUUAUGGGAUUAUUCGGGUGGUUCUAUUGUCCCAGACAUGCUAACUCGUAUGUCAAAGUAUUUGUGGUGCAUCAGAUAUGGCACACUCUGCUUUUUAUAUAGUUCCCUACUUUUGACCAGAGUUUAUGGUUAAAAGUAGUGCACUGCAUAGGGAAUAGGGUGCGAUUUCAGACCAACACUUUUGACUGAAGUGUGGAAUGGAGUGCAGAAUGUGGCCUUACAUCACAACAAACCACAUGCCUUAUUACCCCCUUUUGGUUUCAACGUUCAACUGUAGCUGGAGUGUUAAAUGGUUUUGUGUGAAGAAGAUUGUAACUUGUGAAAAUAUAACCGAUCAAAUGAGUUGGAAACAUGUAAAACGUUUUCUAAUUGAUAAACCUCAAGACAGUCCACCUCAACUUUAUCAGCACUUUGUUGAACUGUAAUAAACUAUGUAUACUGA